GGACCUGGACUCAGAUGUUUGGGUGAUGCCAAGACCCUCCUUGAUUCUGGGUUGCGCUGAUAGACCGUGCUGCGGCUGGGGACACUGAGGCCUGGAAGGGGUGCGCGGCGCGGGGUGACGCAACGGGGGGCGGGCCCAGGGUCCUCACCUGCCCGCCUUCGCCCGCGAGGGGCGGAGCCGGCGGCCGCGGGGACCGGGGCGCGGGGCGCGGGGCGAGGCGGGCAUGGCGGGCCCCGGGUCUCGGGCGCGCGGCUGGGGCCAUCCGGACGCGGGCGCAGAGGAUGAGGCGGCGGCCGGAGGCGGCGGCCCGGGACUGUGUCGGUGCGCGCAGGGGAGGCGGGCGCGGGCAGCCCCCGGGAAGCCGGCGGUGCCUGCCGCGUGGACGCCCUUUAUGGCGGCUGAGGAGAUGCACUGGCCUGUUCCCAUGAAGGCCAUUGGUGCCCAGAACCUGCUCACCAUGCCUGGGGGUGUGGCCAAGGCUGGCUACCUGCAUAAGAAGGGUGGUACCCAGCUGCAGCUGCUUAAAUGGCCCCUGCGCUUUGUCAUCAUCCACAAGCGGUGCGUCUAUUACUUCAAGAGCAGCACGUCUGCCUCCCCGCAGGGCGCCUUCUCACUGAGCGGCUAUAACCGGGUGAUGCGGGCAGCUGAGGAGACAACGUCCAACAAUGUUUUCCCCUUCAAGAUCAUCCACAUCAGCAAGAAGCACCGCACGUGGUUCUUCUCAGCCUCCUCUGAGGAUGAGCGCAAGAGCUGGAUGGCCAUGCUGCGCAGGGAGAUUGGCCACUUCCAUGAGAAGAAAGAGGUGCUCCUGGACACCAGCGACUCCAGCUCUGACACAGAUAGCUUCUAUGGUGCAGUUGAGCGGCCUGUGGACAUCAGCCUCUCUCCAUACCCAACAGACAAUGAAGACUAUGAGCAUGAUGAUGAGGACGACUCCUACAUGGAACCUGACUCUCCAGAGCCCCCAGAGCCUGAGGAUGCCCUGACCCACCCACCAGCCUACCCACCACCCCCCGUGCCUGUGCCAAGGAAGCCGGCCUUCUCUGACAUGCCACGUGCCCACUCCUUCACCUCUAAGGGCCCCAGCCCCUUGCUGCCACCUGUACCCCCUAAGCACGGCCUCCCAGAUGCCAGCCUGGCCCCUGAGGACUCCAAGAGGGACCCGCUGGGCCUGAGGCGGGCUGAGCCUGCACUCAGGGUGCCUGUGACCUCCCGAAGGAUGAGCGACCCCCCACUGGGCAGUGUGCCAGCUACUCCUGGCUUUCGGAAGCCCCCUUGCGUCCGAGAGAAUGUCAGCCCCAGCCUGGAGCCCUGGAACCCUGGCCACGGGGUUAACUCUGCCUCCAGUUCUGCCACCAUGGCUGUUGCCACCUCUAGGAACUGUGACAAACUCAAGUGUUUCCACCUGUCUCCCCGGGGGCUACCCACAUCUGAGCCCCCACCUGUGCCAGCCAACAAGCCCAAGUUUCUGAAGACAACUGAAGAAGACCCCCUACGGGACAUAGCAAGGCCUGGACUCUUUGUGCCCCCUGUUGCCCCCAGGCUUCCUGCUUUGAAGCUGCCCAUGCCUGAGACCAUAGCUCGGCCCUCAGUCCUGCCCAGGCCCGAGAAGCCACCCCUCCCCCAUCUCCAGCGAUCGCCCCCUGAUGGGCAGAGUUUCAGAAACUUCUCCUUUGAAAAGCCCCGGCAACCCUCACAGGCUGACCUGGGCGAGGAGGACUUGGACCCAGACUAUGAGAAGGUGCCACUGCCUAGCUCAGUCUUCAUCAACACCACAGAAUCCUGCGAAGUGGAAAGGCUAUUCAAAACCACAAGCCCCCGGGGAGAACCGCCGGAUGGACUCUACUGCAUUCGGAACUCCUCCACCAAGUCGGGGAAGGUUCUGGUUGUGUGGGACGAGACCUCCAACAAAGUGAGGAAUUAUCGCAUCUUUGAGAAGGACUCGAAGUUCUACCUGGAGGGUGAGGUCCUGUUUGUUAGUGUGGGCAGUCUGGUGGAGCACUACCACACCCACGUGCUGCCCAGCCACCAGAGCCUGCUGCUGAGGCGCCCCUAUGGCUACACUGGGCCCAGGUGACGCCUGCCCCAUGUG